CCCUCCGUUCUACUCCUAGGGUUCGAUCGCCUUUGGCUCUUUCACCAUGCCAGGGUCAUUUCCUUUGAAUGCAGAAGCUUGCUGGCCGAAAGAUGUGGGAAUCGUUGCCCUUGAAAUCUACUUUCCUUCUCAGUAUGUUGAUCAAGCUGAGUUGGAAAAAUACGAUGGUGUAGAUGCUGGAAAGUAUACCAUCAGCCUGGGCCAGGCCAGGAUGGGCUUCUGCAUGGAUCGCGAAGACAUCAACUCUCUUUGCCUGACUGUGGUUCAGAAACUGAUGAAGAGAAAUAACCUUUCCUAUGAUUGCAUGGGGCGGCUAGAAGUCAGAACAGAGACGAUCAUCGACAAAUCUAAAUCAGUGAAGUCUAAUUUGAUGCAGCUGUUUGAGGAGUCUGGGAAUACAGAUAAAGAAGGAAUAGAUACAACCAAUGCAUGCUAUGGGGGCACAGCUGCAGUCUUCAAUGCUGUGAACUGGAUCGAAUUCAGCUCUUGGGAUGGACGCUAUGCUCUGGUGUUUGCUGGAGACAUUGCUAUAUAUGUCACAGGAAAUGCCAGGCCUACAGGCAGCAUUGGGGCUGUGGCCCUGAUAAUUGGGCCAAAUGCUCCUUUAAUUUUUGACCGAGGGAUUUGUGGGACACAUAUGCAGCAUGCUUAUGACUUUUACAAGCCUGAUAUGCUGUCUGAAUACCCUGUGGUAGAUGGGAAACUCUCCAUACAGUGCUACCUCAGCGCCCUGGACCGCUGCUAUUCUGUCUACUGAAAAAAGAUCUGUGCCCAGUGGCAGAAAGAGGGAAAGGAUAAAGAUUUUACCCUGAAUGAUUUUGGUUUCAUGAUCUUUCACUCACCAUACUGUAAACUGGUACAGAAAUCUCUAGCCUGGAUGUUCCUGAAUGACUUUCUUAAUGAUCAAAACAGAGAUAAAAACAGUAUUUACAGAGGGCUGGAAGCCUUUGGGGAUGUUAAAUUAGAAGAUACUUACUUUGACAGAGAUGUGGAAAAGGCAUUUAUGAAGGCUAGUCCUGAGCUAUUCAACCAGAAAACAAAGGCAUCUUUGCUUGUAUCUAAUCAAAAUGUUAAUAUGUACACAUCCUCUGUAUAUGGUUACCUUACUUCUGUUCUGGCACCACAGUACUCACCUCAGCAGUUGGCAGGGAAGAGGAUUGGAGUGUUCUCUUAUAGUUCUGGCUUGGCUGCCACUCUGUACUCCCUUAAAGUCACACAAGACGCCACACCAGGAUCUGCCCUUGAUAAAAUAACAAGAAGUUUAUGUGACCUUAAAUCAAGGCUUGACGCAAGAACUUGUGUGGCACCAGAUGUCUUUGCUGAAAACAUGAAACUCAGAGAGGACACACAUCACUUAGCCAACUAUCUUCCCCAGUGUUCAAUAGAUUCACUCUUUGAAGGAACGUGGUAUCUAGUCAGAGUGGAUGAAAAGCACAGAAGAACCUAUGCCCGCCGACCCUCCACAAAUGACCACAGUUUGGAUGAAGGAGUGGGACUUGUGCAUUCAAACACAGCUACAGAGCAUAUUCCAAGCCCUGCUAAGAAAGUGCCAAGGCUCCCUGCAACCUCAGCCGAACCUGAAUCAGCUGUCAUCAGCAACGGGAAGCACUGAGAGCUCUGUGGCCUCCCGAGGCUGGGGCUGGGAUGGGGAGUGGAAACGGUCAGAGGAAUGGAUGUCUUGGCACAAUUUUACAGAUU